GGAGGGGCCGGCGUGCGAGUUGAUGGCGGUUCUUUUGACUCCGCGGUUUCGCAGACUUGGCAGCCCGAGCGAGCAUCCCGGCCCAGGACAGAGCGGAUCGAGUUUCGUGAGCCGUGGAAGUGGCUUAUGCAGGAAAAGGAGGACAGAAUGUUCUGGUCCUUUUCAAGCUACUCAGCUAUGGGAUGGCAUUAUUCACUCCCUUCAGACUCAAGUGGAAAUAAAAAGAAGGAGGCAUCAUUUACGAACAUACAAAGACUGUUUUACUGGUUCUGAUGCUGUUGAUGUCGUAUUAAGUCAUCUUAUGCAAAAUAUGUGCCUAAGUAGUAAUGAUAUCUCUCGUCUUAAAGGAGUUCGUCUUUGCCAAGUUCUAAUGAACCAUAAGGUAUUUCAACCGGUAGGGGUGAAGCUAUUCAAAAAUGAAAAGGAAUUGGAAUUUGAAGAUUCAAACAAUAGUCUCUACAGGUUUCUAGGCAAUGAAUCAUCUUACGUGUUUUGCGAAAGAAAAAUGGAUACUGAGAAUGGGUUAACAGAUAAAAUAAAUGCGAAGGAAUCUUUAAGACCAGAAGAUGAAAUGAUUUCAAAUCCUCUAGCACAAGAGAUUGGUGAGGAAAGAAUUAAGGAAUUAAUUCACACAAUGAGUGGGAAUCUGGCUUUUCCUCCAAAUAUCACAGUUGACAAACCUGUUCGCCCACUUUCAAAAGAAGCUAUAGAAGAUGUUUGGAAACAACAAACAUUGUUACGUAUUCUUCAAUUGAUUCACCUUCCGUUUUUGGAAAAUAUUUUGGAACCACCAGUUAAAACACAAAAUCUUCACUUAAGUAAAGAGGAAGAUCUUGUUAUUUCAAAUACUUGUCUAGACAGAGAGGUUAUUCCAAGCUUCUGUGUACCUGAGAUAGAUAACUGGCUUAAUGCAGCAAUGGAAUGCUUGGAAUAUUUCCCUGACCAGUUCAUAGUUUCAGUUAGUCAGCAGUUAGUGCAAAGCAGAAAUGAAGAGACAAGACUGAGUAUACAGAAGAAGAUACUCUUUGAUGUUAUAGUAAAAUAUUAUAAUCAAGAGAGAGAUUGCCUGUUAACUGAUGACUAUUUUGAUAUUCAUUCAGGAAUUAUUGAACUUUUAGAAAACGAGAGAAGAGCAGAAGCACUGGAAGCAACACAGCUGUAUCUGAGAUUGCUGCUGCCCAACAUUAGAGAAGAGUUACGGCGGCUCCUUACUUUUAUGGCUAUUGCAUCAGAACCUAAUGCCUACAAGUUACAAAAACAGUAUGAUAACAAAACGGUUGUCCUGAAAACUCUUGGCAAAGCAGUUUUGCAAACCAAAUCAUUAUCAAAAGUACGGGCAGAACAACUCAUGUGGUUUCUACUGGAAUAUCACUCUGAGCUCUUCAAGACACCAGUUACUUUACUGGACCUGGUUAGUAAGAAGCUGAAGAAGCUGCUACAUGGAGAAGAUCCAGAUGCCGUAUCAGACUUCACAUUUUGCCAACGCUUGACAUACAAGGAAUUUGAAAAACACAAGGAAAGGACAAUUCAACAUCUUCACCAGUUGGCUCUUGAGAUUCAUAGUCACCCCAGCAUUUCUUGGCGACAAAGAAAGAAAUUAAUUAAGGAAUUUCAAAAACACCAUCCAGAAGCUUUGUAUUAACAUUUCUGUGGCAGAGAAAACUACAAUUUGUAAAUGUAAACAAAUCUCUGGUGGCUUUUCUGAAACGACCACACUGACACUUCAGGGACAGGAUAGCCUCCAAGCCUGAAGUGCCAUCAUGUUUGAGAUGUUAAGGAAGGUGGUCAGAAGGCACAGACCUCCAGUUAUAAA